AUGUCGACAACACGAGGAGCAACGCCGUCGAGACUGUCGAUGUCCACGUCGCCGCCAGCUUCGGAGAAGUCGCGGCCGUCAGGACUACGCGUAUCUCAGCGGCCACCGACGGCCUGCAGAGAGCUGCAAUUCUUGCGAGGACUGCGGUCGCGCCUGGUGGUAGCUGGUAGAAGCGGUAGUAGUGGAGAUGACGGGACGCAACAAGGCAACGACUGGGAUAUGCGACAGGCAGCCGUAGCGGAUAUUGAUGCUCGCGUGCGGUUGCUGGAGCACGGAAAGGCAGACGACGAGGACGAGGUGGUGGCCAUGGUGACGCCGAGCCCGGAGGCAGGACCGGAGAUGGAACAGCAGCAGCAGCAGGUGAGCUAUGGCACGAUAAACGGAGCGAACAUCCCGAGCACGAGGUCAGCGCGGCCGUCUAUUCCAGUCAAUAUAGACAGCAGCAGUCAGGCGUCAGUGGUGGUGGCUUUUGAGUUUCUGGCGUGGGGACGAAACAUUAAAGGAUGCUUUCCUCACCGGCGAUGCAACUGCUAUCAGCACCGACGAUAUUCGGAGCUGGUGUCAAUCAACUGCGACGAAGCGUGGGUGGGCCGGCUGGCAAUGACGGUAACAGUGCCAGUAGACGCGGACGUGCUGCUUCCAGCAGCUGUGGCCCGCAAGGUGGUGCAGUUCCACUUGAACCAUCUGCACUGGCACCACAACGCGUUCCACGCGCCAACCUUUCUGGCCCGCUGCCAGCAGUUCUGGAGCACAGGUACGACAGACCAUCCUCUGUGGCUGGCGCUGUACCUAGCGGUGUGCAGCGUGUCGCUGUGGGCGCUGCUGAAUGCGGAACGACAUCGCGAGGCUCUGGGGCUCGACAACGGCGCCGCUGGUGGCAGCCUCGCCGACCUGAACGAGGCACUGGUCGAGCGGCAGUUCCAGGCUAUGGUGGCCGUUCUGUACGGCGGAAACUUUCUCGAGCACCUAUCGCUGUACUCGGUACAGGCUAUUGUCAUCUCCACGCACAUCGCCCACAACCUCGACCGCAGCGAGCUCAACGCCACGCUGAUUGGUGCAGCAGUGCAGAUUGCCCACAGUUUAGGCCUGCACAAGAUCUCCGACCCGCCGACGCUCGAGAACGGUGGCAAGGGCACCGACACGGCUGUUGGCUGGCACGAGCGCGUCGAGAUCGAGACCGGCAAGCGCGUGUGGGCUCAGCUGCUGAUCCAGGACCACUUCCAGAUCCCCUUCACAAACAGCUAUGGUGGGUGGCGUGUGCUUCGAUCGCGAUCUGGUAUCAGUGCCGGCUAA